AGUUGUACCAAAGUCUUCUGGCGUGAGUGACGUAUUUUGGCAUAAUAUUUGGUUGUGAGAAAAAAGACUCUUGUUCAAUAUUCUGCUUUAACAAAUUAGUUAAAGGCUUACAUAAUUCUACAAAGUUCACUUUGCACAAUCAACAAACCUAUUAACUUCUGUUGUAUCAACAUUUUGCGGGUGGUAAUUGCGCAGUGGAUGCGUGUUUGGCAUUACAAAAGUGGUAGAAAACACCGCGAUACAGCCAGACAAAAUUGAUUUUCUGCCAUCCAGUGUUGACUCAACAUUUUUAUUUCUCACUCACUCCCUCGUUUGUUCCAACGAUUGUUUAGUUUGUACAAAAAAAUGGUCGACUCUGCUGAGUACAAUGCCAAAAAAUACCCCAUAAUACAUUUAUUUGAAGAAUGGGAACUAUCACCCAAUAUCAUAAAGACUCUUAUCAUGUGUGGCAUUACAAAUAAAGCCAUCCUAAGGCAAAUGCAUCAGCACGAUCUCAAUGAUAUCUUCUCGAAAAGGAGUCAGAUUGGGGAUAAAAUAUUUUUUCGGUGCAAAUUGCAAAAUUGGCGCGAAGAGAACAAGCAUCCAUCACUGAUUUGUUGUGACACGAACAAACCGAAAACAUUGGUCAAGAUGGAUAGUGACUUGGAUGGCCUCUCCAUAUCACCCAUGUCAUCGAGAUCCUCAUCCCCAGAAGCAAGUUCAUCGCUCCCAAAAGCAAUUGCAAUGCCCUUGCUAACACCAAUUUCCAAGCCAGUCCGUCAUAAUUCCCCACAAACGAGCCAACCAUCUCCCUCAAUUCAGGCUCCCCAAUCCCAUACAACACCAGAAACCAAACCCAGUCUAACUCCUCUGCUUCCUCCUGCCAAACCCGUGCCAUAUUCACCUAUGCCCACAGUUCCCAAUUCAGACUUCACUGAAAGCUCACGCACCUUUGAUGACAGUUUCGAUUUGGAAGCUGAACUCAAGAGAAGCUUCCAGGGACAGAAAAUCCUGGAGAAUUAUCGCAAAUUCAACAUUCUGGGAAAAUCAGAUCAGAAUAAUCUGACAAGGAUUGUUGCUAACUACCAUUUAAUGACAAAGAUGCCACUCUCAGCCCAAAUUUACAUGUUCUAUGUCUCAAAGAUUCAGCAACUGUUCCCUUCAGAAUGCAAGGAAACGUACUAUAUGCCAGCAAACUACAAGAUGCGAAAGCCUCCAAGGGGUAAGCUCUAUGAUCGAUUCAACAACAUGAAACGACAAAUGCGUGCAGCAGAUGAGGAUUCAAUUGUCCAAAGUAUAAGAUCAUCCUAUGGGAGUUACCAGACGCAAACACCAAUUUUUGAAAAUCUAACGGAUAGUAUUAGAUUUCAAUUGGAGUACCCAGAAGAACAAUACUUAGCCAUGAAACAGUGGCUUUUUAAUGCGACUGAUCCUUGGGAGGAUGUAGUCAGUGAAUGGAAAAAGUCAUCUCCAUAUCGUCUCAAUGAAAUAAGACACGAUGCUGAUGCUUCAAAGACUAUUGAGAAAUGGCCGAGAUACCGUGAUCCUCAAGGAUUUGAACUGAUUGAUGUAGACUUUGCGGUGAUGUAUCCUGAUAAAUCUGUGGACUUGCUAGUUAAUUAUGAUUCAUUCUCUGAGAAAAUCCAUAACAUCUAUAGGACUGAGGUCAAAGACAAGUGGAGUGCUAAGCAUCUCGAGAUGCUGGACAACUUUGACGUCAACAAAGAUACAAAGGAUUGUAUAACUGCCCUGUUGAUGCACGCUGUGAUGCAUCCACCAGUUCUUCCUGGUCGUAUCAAAGUGUCCAUUACAGAGGCUCAGCGUGAUCUUGUACUCAUGAUCGAUGACAUCAUGAAUCUGGACAAUGAGAGAGAUAAGUGGGAUCCAUCAGAGCCCAAAAUUAUCGUCGUUGGAGAAGCGCUUGAGGACCUACAAGAAUUCUACGUGGACUUUGACGGAAUCCUCUAUCAACUACCCACCUUCGUCAAAUGUGUCGACACCGUGUUGAAGCUUUGCUUUGUGUUCAACAUCAACUACCCGAUGAAGUCUAAGUACGUCUGGACAUUUUUCCAGCAAUACUUCUUCAAAAUCGAAUCCCCUGAAUGUCAGCCCAAAAUUAUCAAUCUCCUAGGAAAAUUGAAUAGUUAAGGAACUUAUCCACUUUUCCUAAUAAAAUACUCUACAAACUACAAGCCAUUAUUUAGAGUUAGACAAAAUGAUGUAUAAGACUAUGAAUUAAAAUAAUUCUGAAAUAAAAA